AUGGCGCUGGAGCUGGUCAGGACCGCGGAGAACUCUCUCGGUGACUUCUUUGCGCACGAUGACGCGCUCUCUCGUCUGGAUCAAUUGCAUCGCCACACACUUGAGGUUGUAGAGAACGUGCUUAAGGCCCCACGGCCACAGGAUUUUACGCUUAAUGUACUGGAUUUAGCGGUACAAAAAGUAGCAGAGAAAUUGUCCUGGAAGCUCAUGACGGAGACCCAAGCCACACCCAGUAGCGUGGGCGUCCCGGCAUUGCUGGAUCUGUGUAUUGCAGGUGUGACCAGCAAUUUCCUCGUCAACAGCACACCAUACAAGGUGCUGGAGGAUUUAAUGGAGGGUCAGACUAUCAGUGCAUGUGAGAAAGUGUGGGAGCUGCUCGAGUCCCGCAAGGACAAACUUACGAUGCCGGAUUUUAUUGCUGAGAAAGGCCGGACUACCAAGGCAUCGCUGUGCCUGCUGCGGAUGUGUAAUGCUUUGCUGCGUCGUCUGUCCAAGACUCACAACAGCGUGUUCUGCGGCAAGAUCUUGGUUUUCUUGUCGUUCACGUUCGCACUGUCCGAGCGCUCAGCAGUCAAUCUUACGGGCAAGGCAAACGUGACCAAUGUGACUGUUUAUGAAGAUGAAGAUGCGUUCGACUUGGCUGAGACUUCUGACGCCGCAAAAGCUGCUGAGGUUGUGCCUCGAUUGGAGAUUGACAGUGAUUUAAGCACCGACGUCGGCCCGAUCGACUAUAACCUCUAUCGCACCUUCUGGAAUUUGCAAAGCUUUUUUCGCGAAUAUCAGAUGGUCGUCCAGUCAGCGGAAAACUGGGAGAAGUUUUUCACUGAACUGAAUGUCGUGUUGGCAGCGUUCGAAGGCAAUCCAUUCUCACCGGGCGACCUAGAACGUUCACGAGACAUAAGUGGUGGUCCUACGUACUCGACGAAUGUCACCAUGUACGAAUCAACUAGUGACACCGACAAGAGCGCAACCGAGCAGGGGUCACAGGAACACUUUUUUCAGCCCAAGUAUUUGACCAAUAGCCGUCUUUUCAGGCUGCAGCUCCGUGACCCGAUCAUGCGCGAAAGCAUGCUGACACAGUUUCUUAUCCUCUUCAACGACCUCGCUAGAGCAAAGCCACCUACCGGUAGCAUCACACCGAAGGCAAAAUUAGCUGAUCUAAGUGAGCGCGUGGUUGCAUUAUUAAAGCAAACGCCAUCUGAUGGAGAAGGCUUCAGCGAUAUGGUGGCAUACGUUCUCGAGCGUGAGCGUAACUGGGUCAAAUGGAAGCAGGAAAAGUGUCCGGGGUACGAGAAGUAUCCAUCUACGAUAGAAAAUGAGUCUUCGACUGCCCCCGAACCAGCGGUGAAGCAUGUUCGUCGGCACUUUACCUCCCCCUUGCUGGAGCAGAUUCUGUCCGAGAGUUCGAAGCCUUCGCAGAUCUUGGAGAAGAUCAAGGGCAAAGAGCGAGCGAAUGAAGUUUCUGUGACAGCGUAUACAGACCGCUUUAAAGAAGCUUGGGACCCUGAGAAUGGGGUCGAAGAGGAGUAUUGGCCAGACAAGGAUGAGAUGGUGUGCUGGCGAACAAUGCGCGCUGCGAUGAAGACAAGCGUGAAUCAUUUGGACUUGGCGGUUAAGGGCACGGGUUCACUAGUCAAGGGUAUCCUUGGCAUUUACGCUACUGACGGGAGCAAAGAGUCUGCGGAUGCUCCAGCCUCGUUGCUCAAAGCUGUGGAUGAUGAAGCCGAUACUGAGCAAAACGAAGAGAAAGUGUCGGACCACGAAGCAUCUAAAAUAAGCUCAUCCGGCACGAAGCGGGACCGAAGCGAUUCUUUCAAGCUUGCACAAGAAGACAACGAACCACCGGUGAAGCGAGAGCGAAUGGGACAGUUCCACCGUGACGACGACAUUGAGGAUGGCGAAGAAGCAUAA